CCCAAGGUGCUGGCCUGGUUUGAGGAAGGCGAGGAGACGGUCACGGCCUUUGUGGAGCCCUUUGUCAUUCUCCUGAUCCUGAUUGCCAACGCCAUCGUCGGGGUGUGGCAGGAGAGGAACGCCGAGAACGCCAUCGAGGCCCUGAAGGAGUAUGAGCCCGAGAUGGGCAAGGUGUACCGCACGGACAGGAAGUCUGUGCAGAGGAUCAAGGCCCGGGAAAUGGUCCCAAUGCCCUAGGAGGAUAGCCAAGUGGGGGACAAGGUGCCGGCUGACAUCCGCAUCACAUGUGCUGGGGACUCCUGGUGCCUCAUCUCUCUGUUCCUCCUGCCAGGUGAGUCGGUCUCUGUUAUCAAGCACACGGACCCUGUGCCGGACCCUCGUGCUGUGAACCAGGACAAGAAGAACAUGCUCUUCUCGGGCACCAACGUGGCGGCCGGCAAGGCUGUGGGCAUUGUCAUUGCCACGGGGGUGGGCACAGAGAUCGGGAAGAUCCGAGAUGAGAUGGCAGCCACGGAGCAGGAGAAGACGCCUCUGCAGCAGAAGCUGGACGAGUUCGGAGAGCAGCUCUCCAAGGUCAUCUCACUCAUCUGCGUAGCCGUCUGGCUCAUCAACAUUGGCCACUUCAACGACCCCAUCCAUGGUGGCUCCUGGAUCCGUGGCGCCAUCUACUACUUCAAGAUCGCCGUGGCCUUGGCCGUGGCCGCCAUUCCCGAAGGUCUCCCCGCCGUCAUCACCACCUGCCUGGCCCUGGGCACACGCCGCAUGGCCAAGAAGAACGCCAUCGUGCGCAGCCUGCCCUCCGUGGAGACACUGGGCUGCACCUCCGUCAUCUGCUCCGACAAGACCGGCACCCUCACCACCAACCAGAUGUCCGUGUGCAAGAUGUUCGUCGUCGAGAAGGUGGAGGGAGAUGUUGACAACCUGCAUCCCCCGUAUCCCAAUCGCCCCCAGCACCGACACCCCCGCAUCCCGUCACCCACCCGGCAUCCCCUG